AUGCCCUCGAAGUUGAAGAAGAGUAAGCCCGAGCCGGAGCCAUCGGUGCCGAAGCCCUUGCUUCCGAAGCCCCUGGUUAAGAGGUCGGAGGGGCAAAUCCCGGCGGCUUUCCGUGCCCGGCCCAUGCAGCUGCCCACUUACCAGCUGGUGCAGCCUCCGGCCAUCAAUAUCAACAUCUUUGCAGGCUCCUCUGCGGCUGGAAGCUCAGAUGCCAUUGCUGGCCUGAUGCCGCUGCUGUCAUCCCUCGUGGGCGGUGGUGGCCGUGGUGCCCCUUUGGGCAGAGGUGCGGGGCCGAUCAUCACGGAGGUGCCACCUGGUCUGGAGGAUCGCCCGGAUGAGGAGGAUCCCGAGGAGGAGGAGAAGAAGAAGGGUGAUGGUAAGGGUGGUGGGGAUAAGAAGAGGAAGAGGGAUGAGGAGUGA